CUCCCCGGGGCCGCGGGGCGGGCCGGGCUCAGCCUCCCGCUCGGGCCUUGCGUGCUCAGGCCUGGACGCGCCGGGAGAAGCGGCGAUGGAGGCGGCGGGCGGCGGCGGAGCGGCGGGCGGCAUCGCCCUGCACGACUUCAGCGGGCAGCUGGGCGAGCAGCGGGUGCACUUCCACGCCAUGCGGCUGCGGGACUCGCUCUUCCUCUGGGUGGGCGCCGCGCCCGCCCUCGCCAGCCUGGCCGUCGCCAUGUGCAGCCCCCGUGACAGCAUCCCGGUGGCCGCCUCGCUCCUGGGGGACCCCUCGGACACCGCCUCCUCCUGCCUGGCGCAGCGCUUGGCCAGCAAGACCAAAAAGCAGAUAUUUGUCAGCUACAAUCUUCAAAACACAGACAGCAAUUUCACCUUACUCAUAGAAAACAGGAUCAAAGAAGAAAUGACAGCUUUUCCAGACAAGUUCUGAUUGUGCAUCAUUGUAAAAGAAGAUGAAAGUUUCGUUUCAGAAAAACUUAUUGCAAUUUUCACACUGACAUUAUUAGUAUAUUUCUUUUGUAUUAUUUUGAUUGAAUUUGCUGUUGUUAUUAAAUAUAGCUACACUUGA